UGGCUUUAGCAUUCGGACCUUUGGCACCUACUUCAGUUCAAAGUUUAACAGCUCUCUUUGACCAAUCAAAUGACAUCUCCUCAUAUCAAGACAGCUGCUAACAGUUGAAUGUAAAGGGGAAUGCAAGAGCUUCGAAUUCGCGCAACGGGGGAUUGGAAUUAGACCUCUUCUUGUUUAAACAAAAUAUAUUGCAAGCCGUGAGAUUGCUUAGAGUCUCGACUUGCAGCGAGAUUGUUACAGCGCAGUAAAACUCGAUACAGCUUGUGUGUUUAUUUAUCCAUAUCUACAUUUGCAGUGGAAAUGUGGCCGAGGUUUCUGGCAGCUGUGCGCGCGACCAGUGUCUUCUCUAAACCUCCAAGACUUCUGCACAAGACGCCGUGUUUAUCAGUUCAGCCCAGUUGUUCCAUAUAUGUAGACACUCCUCCCAGUGUUCCAACUCUCACCACUAGCUAUGCCCACGGCGUAAGCUCACAUUCUUUACAGUCUCUCACUGUGGGCCGGAGCCUGCAGCUUAGAGCAGAGCAGAACCCUGACUGCGAGGCUAUUGUUUUCCUGCAAGAUGGCAUCAGGAAAACAUUUUCUGAGUUCCAGAAGGAUGUGGAUCAAGCAGCUGCAGGUCUGUUGGCUCUGGGCCUGAAGAAGGGAGAUCGUUUAGGCAUGUGGGGACCCAACACAUAUGAAUGGAUUCUGAUGCAGUAUGCCACAGCGAAGGCUGGCAUCAUCUUGGUAUCAGUGAAUCCAGCUUAUCAGUUGCAGGAGUUGGAAUAUGCACUAAAAAAGGUGCAGUGCCAAGCAAUUGUGUGUCCAACUCAGUUUAAGACCCAGAAGUACUACGACAUGCUGAGGCAGCUCUGCCCUGAUGUAGAUACUAGUACCCCAGGGUGCAUCAAGAGCUCCAGAUUGCCAGAUUUGAGUACGAUAAUUGUAACAGACAGUAAGCAGCCUGGUGCUUUCGAGUGGAAUGAUCUGAUGCAGGCGGGGAGCAGCCAGCACUACCAGCAGCUAGAAGAUUUGCAGAAGAAAAUCAGUUUUGAUGACCCUGUUAACAUCCAGUUCACAUCGGGAACCACUGGAAGUCCCAAAGGAGCUGCACUGACACACCACAAUAUUGUCAACAAUGCAUAUUUCAUCGGUAUGCGUGUAGGAUAUGAAUGGAGGCGGAAGAUCAAAGUGUGUUUGCCAGUGCCACUGUACCACUGUUUUGGCUCUGUGGGUGGGGGGAUAGUGAUGGCAGUACACGGUACCACACUGGUCUUUCCCUCCACUGCGUAUGACGGACGUGCCAACCUGGCAGCUAUGCAGAAUGAGAAGUGCACAUUUGUCUAUGGCACCCCUACAAUGUACAUCGACAUGCUGGGACAGCCUGACCUGGCCAAGUUUGACCUGUCUUCAGUUGAAGCAGGAAUUGUAGCUGGCUCACCCUGUCCUCCUGAAGUUUUGAAGAAAGUAAUCAAAGUCAUGGGCAUUAAGGAAAUGACGAUUGGAUAUGGUACCACUGAGAACAGUCCAGUGACCUUCUGUGGCUUCCCAGUGGACAACAUUGAGAGAAAGACAGAAACUGUUGGAUGCAUCAGCCACCACCUUGAGGCAAAAGUGGUUGAUCCUACAACAGGACACAUUGUUCCUCUUGGAACUCAAGGAGAGCUUAUGAUCAGAGGUUACUGUGUCAUGCUGGAAUACUGGAGAGAUGAAGCCAAAACCAAAGAGUGCAUAACUAAAGACCGCUGGUACAAAACAGGUGAUAUUGCCACUUUGGACCAGUUUGGCUAUUGCAGGAUAGAGGGACGGAUCAAAGACAUGAUUAUCCGUGGAGGAGAAAAUAUCUAUCCUGCUGAAAUCGAGCAGUACCUGCACACACACCCUAAAGUCAAGGAAGCACAGGUGAUUGGGGUUAAAGAUGAGAGGAUGGGUGAAGAGGUUUGUGCCUGCAUCAAACUGAAGGAUGGACAAGAAUGCACUGCGGAGGAGAUAAAGGUGUUCUGCAAAGGCCGGAUCGCCCAUUUCAAGAUCCCCCGCUAUGUUACUUUUGUUCAGAGCUAUCCUCUUACUGUCUCAGGGAAGAUCCAGAAGAACAAACUGCGGGAGCAGACAGAGAAACAGCUGGGACUGUGAACUCGGAGACAUGUGGUAUUUUUAAACAAAUGAAAAGCUAAGAUGUACUUUUAGCAAUGUACCGGUUCACAACCUAUAUUUUUUAUUAGGAUUUUAUUAACACUUUUUAUUUGUUACAGUGUCAACCAUAUAAAGGCACAUUAUGUAUUACACUUCUCCUAUACCCUU